ACUCUCGCCUACCCGCAUAUCCUCUCUGAUAGAUCUCUUCUUACUCUUGAAGCCGUUACACGGACCUACACUUCCGAAGCCGCAGUCACCAGCAACAUAAGAUUUCCCUGGGCCACCCCACCCUCCUCAUACGCCCCACCUCAACCGCACCUGCGCACGCACUGUUUCUUCAUAUCCGCUCACAAUGACGUCUCAAGCCUCGAAGCGACUGUUUAAAGAAUACCGGGAUCUGUCGUCUAACCCACCGGAUGGCAUCACAGCGGGCCCGGUGACGGAGGACGAUAUGUUCGUGUGGGAGGCACUCAUACAGGGGCCGGAGGAUACGCCGUUUGAGGGCGGCGUAUUCCCUGCGGAAUUGAAGUUCCCGAAGGACUACCCGCUUGCGCCGCCGAAAAUGAAGUUUCUGGUCGAGAUGUGGCAUCCGAACGUGUAUCCCAACGGCGAGGUCUGCAUCUCGAUCCUGCACCCACCUGGCGACGACCCGCACCACUACGAGCAGGCGUCCGAACGGUGGUCGCCGAUACAGAGCGUGGAGAAAAUCCUCAUCAGUGUGAUGAGCAUGCUGGCGGAGCCGAACGACGAGUCGCCAGCGAACGUGGACGCGGCGCGAAUGUGGAGGGAGAAGCGUGUCGAGUAUGAGAGGAUUGUUAGGGAUAACGUGAGGAAGAGUCUUGGGCUGUAAGGUUCCAGGAGAGGAGGAUAGAGCGUUUCUGAACGGAGCAAUUAGAUACGAGAGUCGAGAGCGUCAUGAUGUUAUGUUUCGAUGCAUUUGCAUGGCGUUUGGGAUCGACUUCUGUGGGAGUGUGCAAGAGGUGCCUUAAGCAAGAGAUACCAGUCAAUGGCGCUCGACCUCGAGAGCCAGGGUGUAGAACCCUUUCCGAUGCCUCAACAACCAGCGAAUUCUUGGUCAGGUACAACGCAUAUUUGAUCAGUUAUGGUCUGUCGGCAUGAACCACAAACGGAUGCUCAAUCCGGAUGUCUAGUCACAGUGGGGCCAUAAGUAAUCUACGAUCAGCGAGAUUUUACAGGACUGCCUUCACGCAUAUGCUUUGAGAGGCAAGUGUCUUGCUGGACCAAGAACACUCGGCGAUACAGAAGGAGGUCGUGAUUACAUAUGCGUAUAGUACCUCAAGUCACCCUAAGCUUAAUAAUAGGAAG